AUGGCAUUUGAGGUGGUGCCCGACACGGAAGAGUACAGGGCACUGGCCUGCCAGUUCUACGAAACAUGCCCUUUUGGAGACUAUGACAUAGCCAGGAUAAUUCGGAGUGAAAUGAUCCAGGAAAAUGAUGGCAUGGAUGUUGUGGUCAAACAGUUGUAUCACGGCACGCACCACUCAACACUGGAAGCUAUUGCCAGGAAAGGAUUCGACUGGAGGCUCACCGCAGCCCCACAGCGCAGAGAAAAAGGAACUGCCAAUCUGGCAACAGCUUUUGCCCGUAGCCCUAAUUCCAAUACCCAUUUCAUGUUUAUGGCUAAGGUCCUUGUGGGCCGUCACACGGGUGGGAAAUCUGGUCUCAAGAGGCCGCCACCUUUGGAUGAAAGCAAUCCUUACGGAAAAUGCUAUGAUUCAUGUGUAGACAAUAUUUUCUCUCCACAAGUUUAUGUGAUAUUUGACAGUAAUCAAGCUUAUCCAGAAUAUAUCAUUGAGUACAACUCACACAAAAGCUAA